AUGUCUUCGAAAGCAAUCAGAGAAUACGACGCAAAGCUUCUCUUGGCCUAUUGGCUUCAACGCGCACCUGCACCAAACCCAAACUUCGCACCUUCUCCAUCUUCUACUCUUAAGUUCCCCGCUCCACGCGUAGCUCAGAUUUUAUGGGAUUCUGCCAGUGAUUCGAUCACGCCCGAUACCCUUCUCCCAUCUUGGGUAUCCACGACAAAACUCGUCGCAAAGCCAGAUCAGCUUAUCAAACGUCGAGGCAAGGCAGGCUUGCUCGCUCUCAACAAAGACUGGCAAGACGCCAAGAAGUGGAUCCAAGAUCGCGCAGGGAAACCUCAGAGGGUCGAAUCAGUCACAGGCACUCUUAGUUCCUUCAUCGUAGAGCCUUUCCUCCCUCAUCCGUCAGACUCUGAAUAUUACAUCUGCAUUACUUCAGCACGUGAUGCAGACACCCUCCUCUUUACCACUUCGGGCGGUGUCGAUGUAGGCGACGUCGACGCAAAGGCACUCAAACUCGACAUUCCCGUCCUCGGUCCUUUCCCAAGUCGCGCUGAUCUCCAGAGGACCCUCCUUCGCGAUGUCCCAGCGCACAAGAAGGAGGUCCUCACCGAGUUCCUCGUCAGACUCUACUCUGUCUACGUAGAUCUACACUUUGCUUACCUCGAGAUCAAUCCUUUGGUCGUCCUCGAUGACGGCUCCAUCCACUAUCUCGAUAUGGCUGCAAAACUCGAUCAGACCGCCGAGAGCAUCUGCGGACCAAAGUGGGCUGUCGCACGAGACUUGACAGUAUACGAGACCGCUCCAGCUGCAUCUACCACUGGCUCAAAGGUGAACGCUGACCGUGGUCCACCCAUGGCUUGGCCCGCUCCGUUCGGCAGGGAUCUCACAAAGGAAGAAGCAUACAUUCAAAAACUCGACGCUUCAACCGGUGCUUCUUUGAAGCUCACUGUCCUCAACCCCACUGGUCGUGUCUGGACAAUGGUUGCAGGUGGAGGUGCAUCAGUCGUCUACAGCGACGCCAUCGCAGCAGCGGGUUUCGCACAUGAACUUGCCAACUACGGUGAAUACUCUGGUGCCCCAAGCGAGGGCCAAACAUUCGAAUACGCCAAGACCAUCCUUGACCUGCUCACCCGUCCACCUCCUCGUCCCGACGGCAAGGUCCUCAUCAUCGGUGGUGGUAUCGCAAAUUUCACCAACGUCGCUGCAACUUUCAAAGGCAUCAUCCGCGCACUCACAUCUUACAAAAACCAACUCAUCGCACACAAUGCCAAGAUUUACGUCCGUCGCGGCGGUCCCAACUGGCAAGAAGGUCUUAAAGCCAUGCGUUUACUUGGCGAAUCCCUCGGUGUGCCCAUUCGUGUCUUCGGUCCAGACACCCACAUCACCGAAAUCGUGCCCCUUGCCCUGGGUCUCAAAUCCACAACAAGCGCAACAGCGCCCAUAAGCAUCCCUGCUACCGCACCCGGCUCCCCCAAGAUCUCGCCCGCAGCUCCCGAGCCCGGGGCCAGUGAUGUCGGGACCAUCCACGCAGACGGCGAACGCACUCAGCCCAACGACGUUGUGGUUCGCUUUGAUUCCCUUGACGGCACUAAGGGCUCCAGGCCCGCAUACAGGCCUUUCGACGAAGACACCCGAAGCUUCGUCUAUGGUCUCCAACCACGUGCCAUCCAGGGGAUGUUGGACUUUGAUUACAGUUGUAAACGUGCCCGCCCCUCUGUGGCUGCUAUGAUUUACCCCUUUGGUGGACACCACAUCCAGAAAUUCUACUGGGGCACACGCGAGACUCUUCUCCCUGUAUACACCUCUCUCGAAGAAGCCGUCAAGAAGCACCCCGACGUCGACGUUGUCGUCAACUUCGCGUCUAGCAGAAGUGUGUAUAGCAGUACGAUGGAGUGUUUGGGCUAUGAGAGUAUCAAGGCCAUUGCAUUAAUCGCCGAGGGUGUGCCAGAACGCCAGGCAAGGGAGAUUCUGUGGAAGGCAAAGGAGAAGGGCGUGCUGAUUAUCGGGCCUGCUACUGUUGGUGGAAUCAAACCUGGCUGCUUCAGGAUCGGAAACUCUGGAGGCAUGAUGGAUAACAUUAUCGCCUCUAAGCUCUACCGCCCCGGCAGCGUCGGUUACGUCUCCAAAUCCGGAGGAAUGUCCAACGAACUCAACAACAUUCUCAGCCUCGUCACAAACGGCACCUACGAAGGUAUCGCCAUUGGUGGUGACCGGUACCCCGGCUCAACCUUCAUCGACCACCUCCUCCGCUACGAAGCCGACCCCGGAUGCAAAAUGCUCGUCCUUCUCGGUGAAGUCGGCGGUGUCGAAGAAUACCGCGUCAUUGAAGCUGUCAAGUCUGGCAAGAUCAAGAAACCCAUCGUUGCAUGGGCGAUCGGGACCUGCGCAAGCAUGUUCACUACCGAGGUCCAGUUCGGACAUGCAGGGAGUAUGGCCCACAGUGAUAGUGAGACUGCGGCUGCUAAGAACAAGGCUAUGCGCGAGGCAGGCUUCAUCGUGCCAGCUACCUUUGAGGAGCUCCCUGCUGCUCUGAAAAGCACAUACGAGGCCCUUGUCGCCCAGGGCGUUAUCGUCCCCAGUAAAGACGUCGAGCCGCCUGUGAUUCCCAUGGAUUACAAAUGGGCACAAGAGCUGGGGCUUAUCAGGAAGCCGGCUGCAUUUAUCAGUACGAUCUCUGACGAACGUGGGCAGGAGCUGCUCUAUGCGGGCAUGCGUAUUUCGGAUGUCUUCAGAGAAGAUAUCGGCCUUGGAGGAGUCGUCUCCCUUCUCUGGUUCAAACGCCGUCUUCCUUCCUGGGCGACCAAGUUCAUCGAGAUGGUGCUCAUGCUCACUGCAGACCACGGCCCAGCCGUCAGUGGUGCCAUGAACACCAUCGUCGCUACUCGUGCAGGCAAGGACCUCAUCUCGAGUUUGGCGAGUGGCUUGUUGACGAUUGGGAGUCGGUUCGGUGGGGCGCUCGACGAGGCUGCUAGUAUGUUCAGUGGGGCUAGGGAUACCGGGUUGACGCCAAGGGAGUUUGUGGAUAAUUCUAGGAAGGCGAACAAGCUUAUCUCUGGUAUCGGCCACAAGAUUAAAUCCGUGAAUAACCCCGAUCUCCGUGUCGAGCUUGUCAAGGAAUACGUGAGGAAGAAUUUCCCAAGCCACUCACUUCUUGACUACGCGCUUGCUGUUGAGAAAGUAACCACGAGCAAGAAAGAUACUCUCAUCCUCAACGUCGACGGCUGCAUCGCCGUCUGCUUCGUCGACCUCCUGCGCGACAGCGGUGCCUUCACCCCUGAAGAAGCUGACGAAUACAUCAAGAUCGGGACCCUCAAUGGUCUCUUCGUCCUUGGUCGCAGCAUCGGUUUCAUCGGGCACCACCUCGACCAAAAGAGGCUCCGUGCACCGCUCUACAGACACCCUGCUGAUGAUAUCUUCAUCAACAUUGCCGAUUUGAGUCAGCCGAGGGUGUUGGGGAAGAUGCAGUGA